CUCAUACAGUGGCGAUGGAUUUUUACUGGAUUUGAAAAAACUCAAUAGGACGGAACCAUUAAGGAACCUUAUAGACAGCGGAUGGAUCGACGAACAUACAGCCGCUCUCAUUCUGACCUUGACCUUCUACCACCCAUCGUCCGAUCUAUUUACGUCACUUGCACUUUCUCUGGAAAUCCCGCCGCUGAAUCGGGGAUUCCCCAGUAGCAAAAUCUCAUCCGUUGCCGUUUGCAGAUAUCUUAGUGACUGGGAGAAAGUUCUGUUCGCCUGUGAACUGUUAUUCUUCGUUCUAACAUUCGGUAAGAUGUACUCUCAACUGUUGAACGUCGUUCAAAAAGGCGGUAGAGAAGCAUUCAAAUUGGGGUUCCUGGUUGAAUUUAUUAUCUUUGUCCUGUCGUUCUCCUUUCUAUGCUGUUACGUCAAACGUUACGAGGUAUUAUCGUCCGCCCUCGAUGACAUCAUGUUUGCGUCAUAUCAGGAAAGAAGUGUGGAUGUUUACACUGUUGAUUAUGCCGACGAUGUGUUAAGCUUCAUAAUGAGCCUCAUACUCAUCAUAACCUGUGUCUCGUUGGUGAGAGUGUUGAAGCAUUUGAAUUUGUUCGCUUCUGUCAUCAACGUCUUCUAUCGCUCCAUAUCUGAUGUCUUUAUUCUAAUGAUCAUCAUCAUCAUCUGGUUGGGGGCAUUCACCUCGUGUGGGCGGGUCCUCUUCUCGUCAACCAAUCACAACUUCGUUCACGUGGGCCACACCCUCUGCCAGGCAUUCUCAAUGCUAACGUUUUCCAGACACAUGAUGUCAUCGUACCACGUGACGUCGUCCGGUCAUCUGACUUCACGGGAUCACGUGAUGUACGAUGACGUAAUGGGGAUGGGGGUGUGGUUCGUCUUUCACGCGCUGUUUCUGAUUCUGGCGGUCGUCAUCGUGAUAUCCUACACAAAGGCCUUCUUGCAGAACAACCAACGUUUCUUCAAAGAGGAGACCAAGGUGAUCUUCGACACGCGCGAAAAUUUGAAGUUCUACCUGCAGGAAGUGGCCAGGGCUCUUAAACUGGUGAAUAAGUGCGCUGGGGGCGUUUCCGGUUCCGGUUUCGAUGGAAACGAAGAUUACGAUGGCGAUGAUCGAAUGGGAGUCUUUGAUCAACUACUUCCUGAAUUUACUAUGAGAGAAGUAGAGAACCAAGUAGACGAGGUCCUAUUCAAGAUGGCAGCUCUAACCGGGGAAUCGAAUCUCCCGCUUAAAUGGGCCAACUACUUAACCGACUCGGAUUUUAACGUCGCCGUCGACGAUGAUGAUGAUGAUCGUAAUGGUGGUGGUGGUGGAAGUGGCGAUGAUGGUGGUGGUGGUAAAGAAGAUAAUGGUGAUGACGAUGAUGGUAGCGAAAAUCUCAAUAGAAGUAAUCGUGGACAGAAAACUGUACGGUUGAACAAGCGAGAUAUGAAUUAUGAAGAGCAGCUGUUCCUCCAAAUGGAGAUGGAAAUUCUGAAACAACUGCAGCUGAGAAAACUACAGAAACGACCACACGAACAUUCAGGAGGACCACAACAACCACAGCAGCCACAACAUCUACUACAGCAGCCACAACAUCUACUACAGCAGCCACAACAACCACAACACCAACUGCAGCAACCACAACAGCCGCCGAGUCAGCAGCCAAAUCAGCCGUCAAAAUUUUUACGCAACCGAUUUAAAUCAGCUACCCUUCUGCCGGGGUCAUCUACGUCAUCGUCUCUUGAUUAUUACGAUUGUAACGAUAACAAUAAUAAUAAUAAUAAUAAUAAUAAUAAUAAUAACAAUAAUAAUAACAAUCAUAAUAUUAAUAACAACAGCAGUAGUACUGCUAUUGCUCCUGCUACUGUUGCUACUACUGAUGAUGCUGCUACAAUUGCUACACCUACUACAGCCGCUACUUUUGUUACUAAUACUUAUACUACCAUCACAACUACUUCAACUACACGUGUCACGGCUACUACUGCUUCAAUCGCUUCUGCUGAUAAUGAUAAUACUAAUAAGGGUGUAAAUCUGUCAUCAUCAUCGCCAUCGUUACUAGCGACAAGAUCAUCUUCUUCAUCGUCGUCGUCGUCUUCAUCGCCGAAUGACGUUUUGUUAUUACAAGAAACAGCUUGUUAAGAAAUUAGUCUGUAUAUAUAUGUAUGUGUAUAUAUAUAUAUAUAUAUAUAUAUAUAUAUAUCGAUUAUUUGUUAAGAACCAGUUUUAAUAGAAAAUAAUUUGCC